AUGAUGCCGCAUACCAGGGCGAAGCGCCUCAGCGCGACGUGCCUGGCCUUCCAAAUUUCCGAGAGGUACCUGGCCAAUGCCAGGGGUGGCGCCUCAUUCACAAUGCACAGCGCCCUUGGACACCACCACAGCACACCGGGACGUACUGCCGAUAAUGCCGUACAUCACGUACCCAGGCUUGCAACUGCCACAACCGUUGCCAACGCGGCCAGCGCUGCAGAAAUGUCAAAUGGGCACCGCAGCCACAGCCGCGGCAAGGACCACAGCCGCCCCAGGGCAUCCCCCAAAAGGUCGGGACAGGACAUUGGCAAGCCCCCGGGCAACCCCACGGGCACUGAAAUCCCCGCAGGUCGCUGUCAGCAAACCGCGAGACGUCGGAGCCCAAACAGCCCCCGACACGUCGGAGCGCUCCACAGCCCCUCGCUCCCAUGUCGACAGUUGGCCUCCAGCACCCCCAACCCAGCUAUCACACACACCCGCUUACACCAGGAGAGAUGA